AUGGUUGUCUACAUUCAUCGCGAAUCUCUUUACUACCGGAGACGGCCGAGCGAGUUUGCUUAUACUGAGAUUGUUAAGGCCAGCGAUUCUCGCGGGAAGAAUGUGGCAAGAAUUUGCGUGGCCGUCGAUACUGAUUUCCUGGCUAAACUCGAUUGCCCGGAGCUCAUCAGGCGUGGCCCACCGUUGAAGAUGCCGCCGCCUUUCUAUUCUGCAACCAAGGACCGAGUAACGGCUCACUUCACACCGACAUACAUUCCUCUGGACAUGCCCCUGCCCACUGUCGGGAUAGAUCUCUCGACUCGUGAUCCUCUAGGCUUGAAGGUCUUUGCUUGNNNNUGUUAUUUCCUCCGCGGAAAGCACUGUUGA